AUGAGUGGCGCCCGAGUCACACCACAGAGGAGUGGCGCCCGAGUCACACACAGAGGAGUGGCGCCCGACUCACACCACAGAGGAGUGGCGCCCGAGUCACACCACAGAGGAGUGGCGCCCGAGUCACACCACAGAGGAGUGGCGCCCGAGUCACACACAGAGGAGUGGCACCCGACUCACACCACAGAGGAGUGGCGCCCGAGUCACACCACAGAUGAGUGGCGCCCGAGUCACACCACAGAGGAGUGGCGCCCGAAGGAGUGGCGCCCGAGUCACACCACAGAGGAGUGGCGCCCGAGUCACACCACAGGAGUGGCGCCAAAGUCACACCACAGAGGAGUGGCGCCCGAGUCACACCACAGAGGAGUGGCGCCCGAAUCACACCACAGAGGAGUGGCGCCCGAGUCACACCACAGCGGAGUGGCGCCCAAGUCACACCACAGAGGAGUGGCGCCCGACUCACACCACAGAGGAGUGGCGCCCGAGUCACACCACAGAGGAGUGGCGCCCGAGUCACACCACAGAGGAGUGGCGCCCGAGUCACACCACAGAGGAGUGGCGCCCGAGUCACACCACAGAGGAGUGGCGCCCGAGUCACACCACAGAGGAGUGGCGCCCGAGUCACUCCACAGAGGAGUGGCGCCCGAGUCACACCACAGAGGAGUGGCGCCCGAGUCACACCACAGAGGAGUGGCGCCAGAGUCACACCACAGAGGAGUGGCGCCCGCGUCACACCACAGAGGAGUGGCGCCCGAGUCACACCACAGAGGAGUGGCGCCCGAGUCACUCCACAGAGGAGUGGCGCCCGAGUCACACCACAGAGGAGUGGCGCCCGAGUCACACCACAGAGGAGUGGCGCCCAAGUCACACCACAGAGGAGUGGCGCCCGAGUCACUCCACAGAGGAGUGGCGCCCGAGUCACACCACAGAGGAGUGGCGCCCGAGUCACACCACAGAGGAGUGGCGCCCGAGUCACACACAGGGGAGUGGCGCCCGAGUCACACCACAGAGGAGUGGCGUCCGCCUCACACCACAGAGGAGUGGCGCCCGACUCACACCACAGAGGACUGGCGCCCCAGUCACACCACAGAGGAGUGGCGCCCGAGUCACACCACAGAGGAGUGGCGCCCGAGUCACACCACAGAGGAGUGGCGCCCGAGUCACACACAGGGGAGUGGCGCCCGAGUCACACCACAGAGGACUGGCGCCCGAGUCACACCACAGAGGAGUGGCGCCCGAGUCACACCACAGAGGAGUGGCGCCCGAGUCACACCACAGAGGAGUGGCGCCCGAGUCACACACAGGGGAGUGGCGCCCGAGUCACACCACAGAGGAGUGGCGUCCGCCUCACACCACAGAGGAGUGGCGCCCGACUCACACCACAGAGGACUGGCGCCCCAGUCACACCACAGAGGAGUGGCGCCCGAGUCACACCACAGAGGAGUGGCGCCCGAGUCACACCACAGAGGAGUGGCGCCCGAGUCACACACAGGGGAGUGGCGCCCGAGUCACACCACAGAGGACUGGCGCCCGAGUCACACCACAGAGGAGUGGCGCCCGCCUCACGCCAAGGAGGAGUGGCGCCCGAGUCACACACAGAGGAGUGGCGCCCGACUCACACCACAGAGGAGUGGCGCCCGAGUCACACCAGAGGAGUGGCGCCCGAGUCACACCACAGAGGAGUGGCGCCAGAGUCACACCACAGAGGAGUGGCGCCCGAGUCACACCACAGAGGAGUGGCGCCCGAGUCACACCACAGAGGAGUGGCGCCCCAGUCACACACAGGGGAGUGGCGCCCGAGUCACACCACAGAGGACUGGCGCCCGAGUCACACCACAGAGGAGUGGCGCCCGAGUCACACCACAGAGGAGUGGCGCCCGAGUCACACCACAGAGGAGUGGCGCCAGAGUCACACCACAGAGGAGUGGCGCCCGAGUCACACCACAGAGGAGUGGCGCCCGAGUCACACCACAGAGGAGUGGCGCCCGAGUCACACCACAGAGGAGUGGCGCCCGAGUCACACACAGGGGAGUGGCGCCCGAGUCACACCACAGAGGACUGGCGCCCGAGUCACACCACAGAGGAGUGGCGCCCGAGUCACACCACAGAGGAGUGGCGCCCGAGUCACACCACAGAGGAGUGGCGCCCGAGUCACACCACAGAGGAGUGGCGCCCGAGUCACACACAGGGGAGUGGCGCCCGAGUCACACCACAGAGGAGUGGCGUCCGCCUCACACCACAGAGGAGUGGCGCCCGACUCACACCACAGAGGACUGGCGCCCCAGUCACACCACAGAGGAGUGGCGCCUGAGUCACACCACAGAGGAGUGGCGCCCGAGUCACACCACAGAGGAGUGGCGCCCGAGUCACACACAGGGGAGUGGCACCCGAGUCACACCACAGAGGACUGGCGCCCGAGUCACACCACAGAGGAGUGGCGCCUGCCUCACGCCAAGGAGGAGUGGCGCCCGAGUCACACACAGAGGAGUGGCGCCCGACUCACACCACAGAGGAGUGGCGCCCGAGUCACACCAGAGGAGUGGCGCCCGAGUCACACCACAGAGGAGUGGCGCCAGAGUCACACCACAGAGGAGUGGCGCCCGAGUCACACCACAGAGGAGUGGCGCCCGAGUCACACGACAGAGGAGUGGCGCCCGAGUCACACACAGAGGAGUGGCGCCCGACUCACACCACAGAGGAGUGGCGCCCGAGUCACACCAGAGGAGUGGCGCCCGAGUCACACCACAGAGGAGUGGCGCCAGAGUCACACCACAGAGGAGUGGCGCCCGAGUCACACCACAGAGGAGUGGCGCCCGAGUCACACCACAGAGGAGUGGCGCCCGAGUCACACACAGGGGAGUGGCGCCCGAGUCACACCACAGAGGAGUGGCGCCCGAGUCACACCACAGAGCAGUGGCGCCCGAGUCACACCACAGAGGAGUGACGCCCGAGUCACACCACAGAGGAGUGGCGCCCGAGUCACUCCACAGAGGAGUGGCGCCCGAGUCACACCACAGAGGAGUGGCGCCCGAGUCACACCACAGAGCAGUGGCGCCCGAGUCACACCCAGAGCAGUGGCGCCCGAGUCACACCAAGAGGAGUGGUGCCCGAGUCACACCACAGAGGAGUGGCGCCCGAGUCACACCACAGAGCAGUGGCGCCCGAGUCACACCACAGAGGAGUGGCGCCCUAGUCACACCACAGAGGAGUGGCGCCCGAGUCACACCACAGAGGAGUGGCGCCCGAGUCACACCACAGAGGAGUGGCGCCCGCCUCACACCAGAGAGGAGUGGCGCCUCACACCACAGAGGAGUGGCGCCCGAGUCACACCACAGAGGAGUGGCGCCCGAGUCACACCACAGCGGAGUGGCGCCCGAGUCACAGCACAGAGGAGUGGCGCCCGCCUCACACCACAGAGGAGUGGCGCCCGAGUCACACCACAGAGGAGUGGCGCCCGAGUCACACCACAGAGGAGUGGCGUCCGCCUCACACCACAGAGGAGUGGCGCCCGACUCACACCACAGAGGAGUGGCGACCGAGUCACACCACAGAGUGGCGCCCGAGUCACACCACAGAGGAGUGGCGCCCGAGUCACACCACAGAGGAGUGGCGCCCGAGUCACACCACAGAGGAGUGGCGCCCGAGUCACUCCACAGAGGAGUGGCGCCCGAGUCACACCACAGAGGAGUGGCGCCCGCCUCACAUCACAGAGGAGUGGCGCCCGCCUCACAUCACAGAGGAGUGGUGCCCGCCUCACAUCACAGAGGAGUGGCGCCCGCCUCACACCCCAGAGGAGUGGCGCUCGCCUCACAGCACAGAGGAGUGGCGCCCACCUCACACCACAGAGGAGUGGCGCUCGCCUCACACCACAGAGGAGUGGCGCCCGCCUCACAUCUCAGAGGAGUGGCACCCGCCUCACAUCACAGAGGAAUGGCGCCCGCCUCACACCACAGUGAAGGAAGCGAGGUGGGAGAGGAGGGCUGGAUGGCCCAUGGGAGGAGGAAGCGUGGGGAGUGGAGGAAGCGAGGUGGGAGAGGAGGGCUGGAUGGCCCUUGGGAGGAAAAGCGAGGGGAGUGGAGGAAGCAAGGUGGGAGAGGAGGGCUGGAUGGCCCUUGGGAGGAGGAAGCGUGGGUAGUGGAGGAAGCGAGGUGGGAGAGGAGGGCUGGAUGGCCCUUGGGAGGAGGAAGCGAGGGGAGUGGAGGAAGCGAGGUGGGAGAGGAGUGCUGGAUGGCCCUUGGGAGGAGGAAGCGUGGGGAGUGGAGGAAGCGAGGUGGGAGAGGAGGGCUGGAUGGCCCAUGGGAGGAGGAAGCGUGGGGAGUGGAGGAAGCGAGGAAGCGAGCUGGGAGAGGAGGGCUGGAUGGCCCUUGGGAGGAGGAAGCGUGGGGAGUGGAGGGAGCAAGGUGGGAGAGGAGGGCUGGAUGGCCCUUGGGAGGAGGAAGCGAGAGGAGUGGAGGAAGCGAGGUGGGAGAGGAGGGCUGGAUGGCCCUUGGGAGGAGGAAGCGAGGGGAGUGGAGGAAGCGAGGUGGGAGAGGAGGGCUGGAUGGCCCUUGGGAGGAGGAAGCGAGGGGAGUGGAGGAAGCGAGGUGGGAGAGGAGGGCUGGAUGGCCCUUGGGAGGAGGAAGCGAGGGGAUUGGAGGAAGCGAGGUGGGAGAGGAGGGCUGGAUGGCCCUUGCGAGGAGGAAGCGUGGGGAGUGGAGGAAGCGAGGUGGGAGAGGAGGGCUGGAUGGCCCUUGGGAGGAGGAAGCGAGGGUAGUGGAGGAAGCGAGGUGGGAGAGGAGGGCUGGAUGGCCCUUGGGAGGAGGAAGCGAGGGAAGUGGAGGAAGCGAGGUGGGAGAGGAGGGCUGGAUGGCCCUUGGGAGGAGGAAGCGAGGGGAGUGGAGGAAGCGAGGUGGGAGAGGAGGGCUGGAUGGCCCUUGGGAGGAGGAAGCGAGGGGAGUGGAGGAAGCGAGGUGGGAGAGGAGGGCUGGAUGGCCCUUGGGAGGAGGAAGCGAGGGGAUUGGAGGAAGCGAGGUGGGAGAGGAGGGCUGGAUGGCCCUUGCGAGGAGGAAGCGUGGGGAGUGGAGGAAGCGAGGUGGGAGAGGAGGGCUGGAUGGCCCUUGGGAGGAGGAAGCGAGGGUAGUGGAGGAAGCGAGGUGGGAGAGGAGGGCUGGAUGGCCCUUGGGAGGAGGAAGCGAGGGAAGUGGAGGAAGCGAGGUGGGAGAGGAGGGCUGGAUGGCCCUUGGGAGGAGGAAGCGAGGGAAGUGGAGGAAGCGAGGUGGGAGAGGAGGGCUGGAUGGCCCUUGGGAGGAGGAAGCGAGGGGAGUGAAGGAAGCGAGGUGGGAGAGGAGGGCAGGGUUGCCCUUGGGAGGAGGAAGCGAGGGGAGUGGAGGAAGCGAGGUGGGAGAGGAGGGCUGGAUGGCCCUUGGGAGGAAGCGAGGGGAGUGGAGGAAGCGAGGUGGGAGAGGAGGGCUGGAUGGCCCUUGGGAGGAGGAAGCGAGGGUAGUGGAGGAAGCGAGGUGGGAGAGGAGGGCUGGAUGGCCCUUGGGAGGAGGAAGCGAGGGGAGUGGAGGAAGUGAGGUGGGAGAGGAGGGCUGGAUGGCCCUUGGGAGGAGGAAGCGAGGGUAG